AUGCGGUUCGACUCUCGUUCCUCCUCUGGUUCCACCUGUGUUGCCGUCGACAACACCUUUGGUCCUUACGCAGGACCGUGUCGUGGGGGCUUUGACUUUACCUUGCUCUUCGAGGAUACUUUUCUUUCAAUAGCUCCUCUUGCACUGCUCCUCUGCAUCGCCCCUUUCCGUAUCCUCUUCCUCUGGAGGAAGAAAACUAAGGUGUCACGGUCGCUGUUGCUGCCUGCCAAACUCUUAGCAUGGACGUUCCUCGCUGCAUUCGAUCUUGCCCUCCUCGCUCUCUGGUCGAAGCCGUCCACGUACAAAUCCAAAGCAUCUGUGCCUUCGGCCGUCCUCAGCUUUGUCGGUGCAGUUACUCUGGGCCUGCAAUCCUACUUUGAGCACCAGCGGACCGUGCGCACUUCGCUGCUAUUGAACGUCUACCUUUGCAUCACGGUGUUAUUCGACGCGGCGCGGUCGAGGACGUUCUCCAUCUCCAACAACCUGGAGGUCAUAUCCGUGCUCUUCACUACAAGGGUCGGUGUGAAACUGUUUCUGGCAAUAUUCGAGGCAAGAGGGAAGUCGCAUCUCCUCCUGCCAGAGUUUGCGGAUGCUCCACCUGAAGCCAUUAGCGGGAUAUACAGUCGAGCACUCUUCUGGUGGCAGAAUCAGCUUUUCCGUCAUGGUUUCUCAAAUACGCUGUCCGUGGAUGAUCUGUUCCAAUUGGACAAACAUCUGCGCGCUGAUUAUCUCCAGCAACGGAUCGAGUCCGGCUGGCGCAAAGUCACAGCGAAAGGCGCCAAUGCUCUACUCUGGGUCACCUUGAGGAGACUUAAGUGGUCCAUUCUUGCCGUGAUUCCGCCCCGCCUCUGUCUGAUAGCAUUCAACUUCUGCCAGCCUUUCUUGAUUGAUAGAGCGAUCCGAUAUUCCGACCAAGCCGAGCUGGAUCCAAGUGCGCCCCAAACCGCGAAUAUUGGAUAUGGAUUGAUCGGCGCCUAUGUUCUAGUCUACGUGGGCAUCGCGAUCUCCACAGGGCAACAUCAACAUCUCACCUACCGCUUCAUAACAAUGAUGCGAGGAGGCCUGAUUUCCCUGCUCUACAACAAAUCGACCGAGAUCACCUUGCCGGAUGUAGAUCCUUCAUCAAGUCUUACUUUGAUGUCCGCAGACAUCGAGAGAAUCGUGGUGGGAAUGCAGACCUCCCACGAGCUCUGGUCAAACACUCUUGAGGUGGUCUUGGCCAUAUAUCUGCUUGGUCGGCAGUUGGGAGCCGCGUGUGCGGUCCCGAUUGGUGUUGCCGUCUUUUCUCUUGUUGGAUCACUAGGCGCCACGAGCCUGGUCAUGAAGCGCCAAGCUCUCUGGCUAGAGGCUAUUCAGAGGCGCAUAGCCGCCACUGAGGCCAUGCUCAGCUCCAUGAGAGGUGUGAAGAUGAGCGGGCUCACUGAUGUCCUUCGCGACGACCUGCACCGACUCCGCAUCGACGAAUUGGAAAUAUCAAAGGGAUUCAGGAAGCUCCUCAUUUGGACUAUGGGAUUCUCAUACAUCUCGCCAGUUGCUUCGCCUAUCCUGACGUUCGCCGUAUUUUCAGUGCUUGCGAAGAACCAGGGAGGCGCAAGUACCCUUGACACAGCCAAGGUGUUCACCUCGCUAUCUCUCUUUUCCCUGUUGACCGAGCCCCUGGGAUCGCUUAUCAUGGCACUGGCGAGUUUCAUGGGUGCAGUGGGAAGCUUCCAGCGCAUCCAAACAUUCCUUUCCGCAGACUCGCUGUCAGAGAGACGCAAGCUGCCGUUCGUAAACAGGAGUAUCGCAUCGGCCUCUGACAUCGGCGGCUACGAUUCCGAUAAGGAAUCGAGUGCAUCGAAGAAGAGCGGCUUCUCAUUAGAUAUCACAGAGCUGCAAACUGGUGAUCAGGCUAUUGUCAUCGAAAAGGCGUCCUUUGGCUGGGACAAGGAGAAACAGCCGCAAGGAUUGCUACAAGAUAUCACCAUGACUGUCCCUCGUGCCAAGAUUACCAUCGUUGUGGGGCCCGUCGGAUGCGGCAAGUCCACCCUGCUCAAAGGUAUUCUGGGUGAGCUUCCCGUCAUGAAUGGGACAGUCCAACUCUCGUCCCUGCGUAUUGCACUCUGCGACCAGACUCCCUGGCACAUGAACUGCACGGUCCAGCAGGCCAUUGUAGGCAUGUCCGACUUCGAGCAGCGGUGGUACGCGAAGGUGGUGCGCAGCUGCGCCUUGGACGAGGACCUUCGACAACUACCACUCGGGGACCAGACCGUCAUAGGCAGUAAGGGAAUUGCUCUGAGUGGUGGACAGAGCCAGCGAAUCGCUCUGGCACGGGCAGUAUAUAGCCAGAAAGACAUCAUAAUACUUGACGACUGUCUCAGUGGCCUCGACUCAACUACGGAAAACAGAAUUUGGCACAGUCUCUUCGGGAGGGACGGCUUGCUUCGUGCUUGCAGGUCCACCGUCCUGAUCGCGUCGUCCUCAGCCAAACGCCUUCCGUACUGCGAUAAUAUUGUUGUCCUUGGCAGCAAUGGCUCGAUUGUGGAACAAGGCUCUUAUGAUAAACUCAACCGCGCCGGCGGUUAUGUCUCGAGCUUUGACUUGCCGCCGCCCGACUGGGACUUUGUCCCAGAGAAACACAUCUAUGAAGCUCCUCCAAAGUACACAGAGCAGGCCACGACUGAGAAAGUCACUGAAGACGACAUCAUGGCCGAAGCCAAUAGGAGGACUGGCGACGCCGCCAUCUAUCUCUACUAUAUCCGAUCCGUGGGGUGGAUCCCCACGCUCAUCUUCGUUGUUUCAAUAACAAUCUUCAUCUUCGGGCAACUUUUUCCAACAUGGUGGGUGAAGGAGUGGGCUGCGUUCAACGCAGAUCACCCGAACCAAAAGCUUGGCCUAUAUCUCGGCGUCUAUGGCAUGUUGGGCGGCGUUGCUCUCUUGUUCUUGGUAGUCAGCUGCUGGCAACUCAUUAUAACGAUGGUUCCCCGCUCAGGGGUAAACUUCCACUGGAAACUACUCACCACCGUCCUAAAUGCGCCAAUGACCUUCUUCUCCACAACAGAUACAGGCGUCACCCUCAAUCGCUUCAGUCAGGAUCUCCAGAUGAUCGACAUGGAACUUCCUGUGGCAGCGCUCAAUACUUUUGCGACCUUCGUUCUCUGCAUCGGCCAAAUGGCUUUGAUCGGCGCAUCGUCUCCCUAUGCAGCCGUCUCUUUCCCCAUCGUGGGCUUGAGUCUCUACAUGAUACAAAAGUUCUACCUGCGUACCUCGCGUCAGCUCAGGUUCCUUGACCUCGAAGCCAAGUCGCCUUUGUAUACUCAGUUCAAUGAGAUGCUGUCCGGCCUGGCUACUAUUCGCGCUUUCGGAUGGCAGGAGUUCUUGGUCGAGAAAGCUAAGGGCCUUCUUGACCGGAGCCAACGCCCUUUCUACCUACUCUUCGCUGUUCAGCGCUGGUUGACUCUGGUUCUGGAUCUUGUAGUAGCGGCUGUCGCGACUCUCCUCAUCACGCUGGUGGUGGCGCUGCGAGGCAAGAUCGAUCCUGGAUACGUUGGUGUUGCUCUCCUUAAUGUCAUUCUCUUCUCCCAGAGCGUCAAACUGCUUAUCUCCUUCUGGGCGCAGCUUGAGACGCAUAUUGGGAGCGUGGCAAGGGUAAAGACUUUCACUACGGACGCAGUCAGCGAAAACCUGGAGGGAGAGGACAAGACUCCACCCCCGAACUGGCCCUGUGAUGGAAAAAUCGAGUUCAAGAAUAUUAGCGCUUGCUAUCGUCUCUACGAGCCUGUCAUCGACGACUUCUCGCUGUCCAUCGCACCAGGGGAGAAGGUCGCCAUUGUUGGGCGCACGGGAAGUGGCAAAUCAUCCCUCGUCCUGACGCUUUUCCGCAUGCUGGACCUCUCGUCUGGCACCAUCAGCAUCGACUCGAUACCGCUCCAUCGCCUCCCCCGGCAGACAAUACGUUCGCGCCUCAUCGGCCUCCCACAAGACGCAUAUCUGCUCCCUGGCUCCGUGCGCCUCAACGCCGAUCCCUUGAAACAAAGCAACGACAAGGCGAUCAUGCAGGCGCUGAAGGACGUGCAGCUCUGGGAUAUUGUGGUGAACAAGGGCGACGAGAAUAAAUAUGCGCAUCCGCUGGACGUGGACGUCGAGGACCUUCACUUCUCGCACGGCCAGAAGCAGUUGUUCUGCAUCGCCAGAGCGAUAUUACGCGCUGAUAAGAGCAGCGUUGUCGUUUUGGACGAGGCGACCAGCAGUCUCGACAAAGCGUCCGACUCGCAUGUCCAGCGCUUGCUCCGCUCACGGUUCGCAUCCCACACCAUCAUCGCCGUGGCGCACAAGCUCGACACGAUUCUGGAUUUCGACAAGGUCGUCGUCAUGCAGCAAGGUAAGCUGGUGGAGUAUGGCGAGCCCUACAAGUUGCUUGAGACGGAGGGGAGUCGCUUCAAGGCGCUGUAUGAGGAUGGGUCGAGGAGCGAGGAUACGGAGCAGGGCGAUGAGAAUGUCAUACAGAUAGCGCAGUAG